AGCAGCAACCCAGCCAACAACGCGAACGAUGCCGCGAAUGAAGCAGCGCAACGCACUUCCCAAAGGAUCAAGCCAUCGGGCAACCGAGAAGAUGGUGGGCAAUGCCGAUAUCAUUCACACAUGGUUAUGACGACUGGUUGGACUCGGAACUCAGCCAGGGAGACCCACGGAGCGCUUGGCACGGCGUCCCUCUCUCUCCCGCUCACAAUGCAUUUCGUCAAAGAGGGAAGGGCGAUGUCGCAAGCAGGUCAUGAGCUACUGCUGAGAUGGUCUCACUGUUCUUGCCAUCAACGCUACAUCGUCGAAGCGUCGAUGGCUGAGCGAGCAUCAGUUACAGGCCCGUCGCAAGCCGUUUGCUCGUGCGACGCUGACUCGGGUCUGUCAUCUCGGCCCGCUCAGCCCAGCAUACAAGCCGGUCAGCCCUCACCCAAUCUUGACUCCUCUCCAUCCACGAUCACAUCAUGAGAGCCUCUGCCACUUCUCACCUCGAUCUCCUCUGCCAUCGACAGGUGAGAAAGGUGAAUACCAAGAGUAGGAGGAAGCGCAAGAAAGACAAGGACAGGAAGAAAAAAGAAGAUGCUCAUCACUCUGAUGGCGAAGACGAUGAUGUGACCGAUGUCGAGGAGACCCCAACGAGAACGGCUACUCUGCCUGACCCUGCUCCACCCACGCCAGCCUCUCCCACCACGUCGACGCGCGGCGCCACCAAUGCUACCAAGUCAGACUCGUCGGCCGCGUCAGCUUCUACGACUUCACCUCGUGCGCUUGGCGUCUCGUCCAUGACCAAGGGCAGCCCUGUGCAGAUUAUGGCCAACAUAGCAAGCAAGGUAUCGAGCCAAUCAGCCUCUCUCGGUGCGACUCCUCGCUCUGUGCAACAGGCCAUUGCCUCCUCGGCCAUCAAUUCUCGCCCCGCCACCAGCACGGACCUCAUCAAGGCUAGCCCUCGCACUCAGAAGCAAUGGGGUAGUCUCGGCCUCGACCUAGGCGGAGGAAGCGGAGCGACCUGCGUGACCUACAUCGAGGAAGGUCACAAUGGCCAAGUCACGAUCCCAGCACAGCUCAUGCCCAAUGGCGAGUACAUUGGCUUCGACGUCAUCGAAGGAGCCAUUCAGCUUGCGACUGAGGUGCGCAAGAAGCCCAGCUACAGGGCCAAGGACGAUGUUCGGCCUUACGUCACCACCAUCGCGGGCAAAUUCAAUGACGCCGAAGCCUUCGUGGCCGGUCGUAUUGACGCAAGUACCGGCAUCGACAUCCGCAACUAUGCCGUCAUUGGACCGGACGAGGUCAAGUUCCUUCCCAAGACGGAGGUGGACCCACUCUUCCUGGCCAUGGGUACGCUCAAAUUCCCAGAGAAGAGCGUGGUGCUUCGCAAGGUCAAGCAAGUCACCUCGUCGACCAAGCAGCCUCCCAGGCACAUCUACUCGCACGCUCAACCAUGCCCGCCCGAGCUCAAGGCGCAGGAGCAGCGACACCUCCAGCCCGCUCAGAUCGGCCAGAGCUACCCACGCAACCUCUCUUGCCCUGCUCACGGGCACACUGGCCGAUGGUUGACAGACGACGACAAGGGCACACGCGUAUCCGCUACCCUCGCGGCGGAUGGCACCCUCAUCCCACAAGACGCUAUGACUGCCGCACUCGGCCUAGCAGAGCAAUGUGGCCAGGACGAGAUGAAGCGCAAGAGCAUCCAGCAGCAGAACCACGACGAGAUCUGUGAUUGCUGCCGCUAUGAGUAUGAGCAUGGCGAGGAUAUCGAAAUGGUCGGUUACGUUACGACGAUCGGUGGCGAUCAGGAGGACGUGAAGCGAUACGGGGCUGGUGAGACACAGCUGGCUUCGAGGCUAGACAUUCGUCACUACGAGGUCCUAGGGCCGGAUGAGGUCAGAAUUGUGCCCCAUGAAGAGGGCAAGGAGUGGGUGCUGCCCAUCGGUGUCGUUCCCACCAUUCCCGACGGCAGCUCCGGCGAUUACUCGAUCAGCAGCAAGAAGAAUAAGCAGAAGACCAACAAAGAAGGACACAAGCUCGAGUGGCGCAACGGCAAGUGGAUGGACGCCGAUCCCAAGCACAUCUUUGCGCACGUACGAGCUCGCCCUCGUGCUGGCGGUGCCGCUAAGGCUACGACGAGCAGCCGUGCACCUGCUAGCAACCAAGUUGCAGCCACCUCGCAACCUCCCGUCGCCCUGCCUAUCACCAGCCGCCCCUACCCCGACAAUCCAUCCAUCAUCGCCGCGGGCUCGCUCGGCAUCAAGAAUUGGGCGCAGAUCCAAGACAAGUGGGAGCGUCUCCGUCUACCAGGAGGAGGCGCAGGAGCAUCUUCCCUACGCUUCUACAUUGUCGUCGACGACGGCGGUACGAAGCUACCUGCUACUCUCACGGCAAACGAUGAAUACGUCCCGCUUGGGGCAAUCGAGCAAGCCAUCUCUGCCGCGAUUGAGAUCAGGCGCAAGACCACCUAUCGAAUUGAAGAGGACGUCCGCCCCUACGUCACGACGAUUGCGGGCAAGAAAAAAGACGCGGAGAGCUUUGCCGCAGGGGAGGUCGAGCUGCUUCCCAUCCUUGGCGUGCGCAAUUAUGCGGUUGUGGGGCCGUGCGAAUUGAAGUUGCUGCCGGAGACGGAGGUGGACUUGGAUCUGCUUGCCGCAGGUGGGGUGGAUUGGUGGAGGUGGAACGAGGACGACUAUGAUGAGAGGGCGAUCAUCGUGGGAAAGGAGCAGAGCAUUUCCAUUGGGGGUGUCCAGCGACACAUCUAUGCGCAUGCGCGACCUGCGCCGGUAAAGGCUAAGCCAACGACCCCAGCUAAGCUCGCAGGCGACGUCGAUCACCGCAACUCUGAUUGCGAGUCACACGAGGAUGCAGAGGUUGAUGCGCAGCUGGAGGUGGACUCCCUUGCCAACAUGCGCGAGAUCCUAGCCGUCAUGAGGCAGCGCAAUAUCGCCUCCAAGGGUGGGCCAGAGGGCGUGGACACCAUGAACCAGAUUCUCGACACGAUUGAGCGGGUCUCUGUCGAGCACGUUGCGAAGAAGCGAAGGGAUGAGAAGAUUAAGAAAGAUAAAGAGAAGGACGACUCGCUUGAACAAGUGCUGGAAAAGGUGCAGAGCAAGGCUGCGGUCAUGGGAAUGAGCAACAUCAAGAAGUCGACCGGUGCCAAGCAAACGAAGAGCAAUAGCAGCGGCACCAAGCCCGCCGCCGCAGCCGGAGCAGCAGCUGCACCCUCCUACGCACCAGUCACAAUGGCUACCCUGCGCAACGGCAGCGCCACCGCCGAAAACACGAUCAGCAUAAAACCCUCGUCUCGCACCGCGAGCAAUGCCUCUUCCUGCCCUUCCAUCACUCAACGCAACUCCACCCGACCCGCUCGCCUUGCCGCUCUCGGUAUUCCUGCCAGCGUCACACCUCUUGAGCUGAGCAAGCAGCUCAAAUUCCUCAUGAUUCGCGACAUGCUCGAAGGACCCUCCCGUAGCGCUACUUGGCGAGCUUUGCGCAGGGAGUCCGCAUGAACGAAUGGCAAGAGAGGUCCAAGGGGAGUGAGGCGAAGAUGUUUGAGGCAGUGGCCGAGGGCAUGUGGAUGGGCGACGACUUCUGGAGCGCGCUUGCCAAACCGGCUUUCUGAGAGCUGGGUGUGCCGAUUACAAUUCAGAGCGAUCAUACCAUUCAUCACCAUAUCAAUACCGAUCUCAGUUACCG